CGCUGACGUCAGCUGGCGGCGCACUGCCCACACUGCGGCACCCAGCGGGUGCUCAGAGCCCGGGUGGCUGGCGGCUGGCGUGGCGGUGCGGCCGUCUAGUUCUCAGUCCACCCCGCACGGUCCCGGCGUCGGCUCCGGCGGGACCCUGGGCAGGUCUGCGGCCUCUUCUCCGGUGUCAACCUGGUGCUGAAUCUUGAACCCGUGAAAUACCUUCUUAAUUACAUCUGAGAAAAGGAUCCUUAUUGAAUCAGUGCUUUACACUAUAACUCAAUGCUCUCCAUGAAGCUGAGAUAUGCCCACUGUUGAGAGUGAAGCAAAGGUGAAGACCAAAGUUCGCUUUGAGGAAUUGCUUAAGGCCCACAAUGAUCUAAUACGUGAAAGAAAAAAACUGAAGAAAAAAAUUGGCAAACCUGGAGAAAAAAUCUCACUUGAUGCAGUCAGAAGCAAUCUUCAGAAAAUCAGAGAAACUAAAAGUGAUGAUAUAAGUGCUGCUAACACUAAGAACCCAGGGAAGAACAUGCGAGUCACUAAAAACAAACCAAGAGAUCCGCAGCCAGCAACUGAAGAUCCAGAUAAUGAUGUUACUGUGGAGGACGACAAGCAAGAAAAGGCAAAUAAAAAGGCUAUAAAAACAGCACUCCAGGUGACAACACAAGAAGUGGAGCCGGAAACUCCUGAGAAGAAGGCGGAUGCAACACCCCAGAAAGCAUGGACCAAGCCACUGCCAGGUGUCACUCGUGAGAAAAGUGAGAAGGCCAAGGAAGGAGAAAAUAGUUUAGAUGAGGAAGAACUGAUGCAAGUAUACCAGCUCCAAGUAGCUGAAGAAAUGGCAAAGGAGAUUAAGAAGAAAAUCCAAAAGAAACUCAAGGAGCAGUUGGCUUACUUUCCCUCAGAGACUUCCUUUCCUUCAGAUACUUCAUUGUAUGAUGACAAAUUGAACGGUGAAAAAAGAAAAAAGAAAAAAAAGAAAGUUCCAAUCCUGUCUAAAUCUGAAACAAGUACAUUGAUCAUCUCUGAUGACCCAGUUGAAGGUGAACAAAAGAAGGAAUCUCCAGUUGGAGCAGUUACUUCAGAUUCUCAUCAAGAUGAUGAAAUAAGCUCAAAGGAACAAAAUGUAGAAGACAAUGUGCAAGAUGAUGCAAAAUCCAAACUGAAAAAGAAGAAGGCUAAAACAGUUUCAGAUGAUAAUGAAGACACUGAUGGUGACGGUGUUCAUGAAAUAACAAGCCGAGAUAGUCCAGUUUAUCCCAAAUGUUUGCUUGAUGAUGACCUUGUCCUGGGAGUUUACAUUCACCGAACUGAUCGGCUUAAGUCAGAUUUUAUGAUUUCUCACCCGAUGGUGAAAAUUCAUGUGGUUGAUGAGAAUACUGGUCAAUAUGUCAAGAAAGAUGACAGUGAACGGCCUGUUUCAUCUUACUAUGAAAAAGAGAAUGUGGAUUAUAUUCUUCCUAUUAUGACCCAGCCAUAUGACUUUAAACAGUUAAAAUCAAGACUUCCGGAGUGGGAAGAACAAAUUAUAUUUAAUGAAAACUUUCCCUAUUUGCUUCGAGAUUUUGAUGAGAGUCCUAAAGUCAUCCUGUUCUUUGAGAUUCUUGAUUUCUUAAGCAUGGAAGAAAUUAAGAACAGCUCUGAAAUUCGAAACCAAGAAUGUGGCUUCCGGAAAAUCGCCUGGGCAUUUCUCAAGCUUCUAGGAGCCAAUGGAAAUGUAAACAUCAAUUCGAAACUUCGCUUGCAGCUGUAUUACCCACCCACAAAGCCUCGAUCCCAAUCAAAUGUCGUUGAGGUUUUUGAGUGGUGGUUAAAAUGCCCAAGAAAUCGUUAUCCAUCAACGUUGUAUGUAACUGUAAGAGGAUUAAAAGUUCCAGAAUGUAUAAAGCCAUCUUACCGUUCUAUGAUGGCUCUUCAGGAAGAAAAGGGUAAACCAUUGUAUUGUGAACAACACCAUGAGGCACGUUCAGUAGACACAGAACCUGGAUUAGAAGAUUCAAAGGAAGUGGUGAAGUGGAAACGACUGCCUGGGCAGGCUUGCCGUAUGCCAAACAAGCACCUCUUCUCACUAAAUGCAGGAGAGCGAGGAUGUUUUUGUCUUGCUUUCUCCCACAAUGGAAGAAUAUUAGCAGCAGCCUGUGCCAGCCGGGAUGGGUAUCCGAUUAUCUUAUAUGAAAUUCCUUCUGGACGUUUCAUGAGAGAAUUGUGUGGCCACCUCAAUAUCAUUUAUGAUCUUUGCUGGUCAAAAGAUGAUCGCUAUAUCCUUACUGCAUCAUCUGAUGGCACUGCCAGGAUAUGGAAAAAUGAAAUAAACAAUACAAAUACUUUCAGAGUUUUACCUCAUCCUUCUUUUGUUUACACGGCUAAAUUCCACCCAGCUGUAAAAGAGCUGGUGGUUACAGGAUGCUAUGAUUCUGUGAUACGUAUAUGGAAAGUUGAUAUGAGAGAGGAUCCUGCCAUGUUAAUCCGACAGUUUGACGCUCACAAGAGUUUCAUCAACUCUCUCUGUUUUGAUAUUGAAGGUCAUCACAUGUAUUCAGGAGACUGCACAGGCGUGAUUGUUGUUUGGAAUACAUAUGUCAAAGUUAAUGAUGUGCAACACUCGGUGCGUCACUGGAGUGUAAAUAAGGAAAUUAAAGAGAGUGAGUUUAAGGGGAUUCCAAUAAGUUACUUGGAGGUUCAUCCCAAUGGAAAACGUUUGUUAAUUCAUACCAAAGACAGUACUUUGAGAAUUAUGGAUCUCCGAAUAUUAGCAGCAAGGAAAUUUGUAGGUGCAGCAAAUUAUCGAGAGAAGAUUCACAGUACUUUGACACCAUGUGGGACUUUUCUCUUUGCCGGAAGUGAGGAUGGUAUAGUAUAUGUUUGGAACCCAGAAACAGGAGAACAAGUAGCAAUGUAUUCUGACCUGCCAUUCAAGUCACCCAUUCGAGAUAUUGCUUAUCAUCCACUUGAAAAUAUGGUUGCAUUUUGUGCGUUUGGGCAGAAUGAGCCAAUUCUUCUAUAUAUUUAUGAUUUCCAUGUUGCCCAGCAGGAGGCUGAAAUGUUCAAACGCUACAAUGGAACCUUUCCAUUACCUGGAAUACACCAAAAUCAAGAUGCUUUAUGCAUCUGCCCUAGACUGCCUCAUCAGGGCUCUUUUCAGAUUGAUGACUAUGUCCACACUGAAAAUUCUUCAAUGAAGAUGCAGCAAGUGAAACAGAGGAUUGAUUCUGUCACAGAGGUGAUACGAGCCUGUGCUGCAAAGGUUAACAAAAAUCUCUCAUUUACUUCAGUAUCAGCCUCCUCACAACAGUCGAAGUCAAAACAAUCAAACGUGCUGGACGCUCAUCAGAUUCUGCGUCAGUUUGGUUUCACUCAAACUGGGAUUAUCAGUAUAGAAAGAAAGCCUUGUAACCACCAUGUAGAUACAGCACCAACGGUAGUGGCCCUUUAUGACUACACAGCGAAUCGAUCAGAUGAACUAACCAUCCAUCGCGGAGACAUUAUCCGAGUGUUUUUCAAAGAUAAUGAAGACUGGUGGUAUGGCAGCAGAGGAAAGGGACAGGAAGGUUAUUUUCCAGCUAAUCAUGUGGCUAGUGAAACACUCUAUCGAGAACAGCCUCCAGAGGUAAAGGAGCGAUCCCCUCCUUUAACCCCUAAGGAAAAAGCCAAAAUGGAAAAAGCUUUUUCAGCUCCACAAAAGCAGUCAUUCAAGUCCCAGGAUUUCAGACCGGGCUCAGAGUCUAUGACACAUUCUGAGGUGGGCAGAGAACAGAGCCUUGAGGACCGCAGACACAUCAUGGAUGUGCAGGGGAAGAAGAACGAGCAAACUGGCCGGAAAGUCACCCUCAUAGAGGGAGGAAGGUGAUCUCCACGUCUCACUCCUCCACCAUCUUGAAGGUUCCUCAUGCUUUGCCUUUUAACUCUGGUUAAAUGUAAAGAGCUGAAGAAGAAUGAAGGGGCAAGGAACCAAAUAUACAGAAGUGAAAUGACAAAUUAAACCAAAUGGAAUUUCUCUUCAGAGUUCAGAAAUUUCAGAUGGCCAGGAAGAAAGGAAGGCUCUACUAUUUCUUAUCCUUAUGAAAGAAUCUAGAAAAAUCAGAAGCAAGGUAUGGGUGGAAAAAUAAAUGCGGCCUUUUGAAAAGCUUAAUUGUUAUAAACCAUUGUGUUUGCUGUUGAUCAAAGUAUUAGUACUUGUAUUUAUUAGUAACUGCAUCAAAAUUACGUUACCAUUCUUGGAAAAAUCAAUAAAGAAAAACCAUAAUUGCCACACAGCAAAUAUGAGGAAAAAAGUGUUUGCAUUGUUAGGAUGUCCAUAAAGUAAUCAUUUAAUAUUAUAUCUGUAAUGUGGUUAUGUGUGUGAUGAUAUACUCAGAAUAUGAAAUAUCUGCUAUUUAAAUUUAACUUUAUUUAAAAUAAAGAUAAGCAGCUUCAGGAUUUUGUGUAUUCAAAAUGGUCCAAGUAAGAAAGGCAUUAAAAGGUAACAAAUGUUUACCUUGCUUUUAAAUUUUUGUUUUUAAAUUUUUUUAAUUGUUUUUAAAUUUUUACAUUGAAUUAUUUAUUUCUUUAGUUCCAGAGUAACAGUGUCGUUACUAUGUGACCAUAUAUUUUGAAGUGAGAUGUUAUAAAAUGGGAAAGUUCAUCUCUUUGUUUUUCACUUGACUCUUCUUAAAACUGUGUGAUUUUAAGUCUGUCAAUAAAAUAUUUAACUUCAAGAAAGUCAAAACUAAUAUAAAAUUAGAAAACUUAUUUACCAAAUUAGACAAUUGAUUCCAUUAAAGUAAGAAGUGAGAAAAACAGUGUUGGGCAUUGAGGUGUAAAUUUUGCCCAGAUGUAUACCGGAUGUGAAAAAUCUUCUAGUAGAAAUAUAUUUGACUCUUACCCCUGCACAUGUUGUAGAGGCAUGAAAAUUGGUAAACUUGCCCCUGCUGUGUAGAACUUGGGGGGAGGGGGGCAUUUUUGAAAAUGGUGAGUGGCAUUGAUGACUGCUGAAGCCCUCAGCCAUUAGCACAGAAAUGUGUUCCGAUAGUACCAGGCUCCCCUGUUCUAGAUGCACACGUCUGUGCUUCAGGUACAGCUGGACCCAGCCAGCUUGAGUCACCCUUGUACAGGCUUGUUUUUUCUUUCUUGUGAAUGCACUUGAUAAUGAAAAAAAUAAAAAUAUGUGACUCUCUGCA